UUGAGUGUCACAGUCUUUCACAGUCGAGACCGUAGGGGGGGUGGGGUAGGGGGGGAGAGGCUUGCUGUGGCGGACAGUCUGCGGACCGGGUUUUGGAGGGUCUUCCAGACUGCGCAGUCGGAAUAAAACAGAAACGCAGCUCAGACCGGCAACAUGGACGUGCUGACAGUUCUUAAUUUGGGCGAUAUUGCCCAAGCUUUCUCCAAAAUGGGAAUGUUUCCUGUGUUUGAUCUCGCUUACUACAUCGUGUCCAUCCUCUACCUCAAAUAUGAGCCAGGCUCAGUGGAAGUUUCUCGCAGGAGUCCCGUGGCCUCCUGGCUCUGCGCCAUGCUCUACUGCUUUGGUAGUUACAUCCUGGCAGACAUCAUGCUUGGAAGCUGCCCCGUCGACUAUUUCCAGCACAACAGCCACAUCCUGCUGGCCUCAGCUGUUUGGUACCUCAUCUUUUACUGCCCGCUGAACCUCUUCUACAAAUGUGUGAGUUUCUUGCCCAUCAAGCUGGUGUUGGUCGCCCUGAAGGAAGUUGUGCGCACUCGUAAGAUCGCCGCAGGGGUUCACCACGCCCACCACGCCUACCACCACGGCUUCUUCAUCAUGGUGAUCGUUGGAUAUGUCAAAGGAUCUGGAGUGGCUCUCAUGUCCAAUUUUGAGCAGCUGCUGCGUGGUGUGUGGAGACCCGAGACCAACGAGAUCCUCAACAUGUCAUUGUAAGUCUGGGGGGGAAAUACAAUGAUCAUGGAAACACCGGGGGAACACUGAACAGAAUUUCAUCAGACUGUUCUCUCCUCUCAGGUGGUGAUGACCGCCCGGCACUCUCACGGCUCCCCCUUUGCUCUCAUUGAGUCCUGGAUCUGCCACCUGCUGUUCGGCUCUCCUCUGGCUGGUGGUGAGGAGGACCACCAUCAUCCUCCUCCUGCAGGUGCUCCAUCUUCACCUCUCAAGACCAAGGAGGAUCUGAGCGAAGGUGCUCGCAAGAGGAAGGUCAAGAAAGCUGAGUAGAGCGCCGCGCUGCACUGCCGAAACGAUCGGACUUCCCAUUCCUUUCUAAGACGAGGGGCAGUUUGAUGAUGUUUGAUGUUUUGCCAAGGGAGAGCCUUUCUAUUAGAGCAACAUGGUGCUUUCGACAUUUGACAUCACCCGAGGACUCUGUAAAUACCACAGCAAAAGCUUCACACCCAACCUGGACCUUUGAAACCUAUUUAUUUAUGUGUCUGUGAACAUCUGCAUCCGUGCAACACUGUGUGGCGAUCCACGGUCAGGGGCUGCAGCGUGCCCUUAGGACAGCUUUCGUUCCUCAUCAGUAGUUGUUACCAGGAGCAAGUGGUUUUUAUUUAGUUCACCAAUUCUUAUUUUCAUGAAGGAAACAGCAGAAAAUGUUAAUUAAUUUGACUCUUAAUCUGAAAUUCUAAUGUGAAUAAAGCAUUAUGUGAAAGAACAUGGAUGAUUUUUACACUGAAAUGAAAGCAAAUUAAUAUCUUUCAAUAAAAUCAGGAGAAACAUGG